UUGAUGCCCUAUGAUCCGAGAGAUCUUGGAUUGAUCUGUUUAGUACAGAAACACAAAAUCCGUUUUUGAAUUCUUUCGGAUUUAAGAAUCCAAUCUUGAAUUUUCGUAAAGAAAAGCACCCUCAGUCAUACAUGUACUUUUCUCAUGGGCCUUGUAUCAGUCAUAAUUUCUUUCUGGCUAUGUACGACCCUCAGCUGGCAGUUUUUCAUCAUUCAGUUGAUUCAUUGUGUUUGAUUUCAUGAUCCAUGGGUUUCAUUCAGCAUUGUAGUUUUGUCUGACCUGUUACAUUCUGGAAAGCAUUCACUUGAUAUUAAUUAUGUCAAUUUUGUCAGCUUCCUUAAGAGAACUUUUAAUGUUGAUGUUAAUAUACAUUGUAUGUACCAUUGUAAGUUUUUUUAUUUUAUAGGACUUAUCCAGGAUGGUUUAUCUGCAUGGCAAUGGAUUAGGUCUCAAAGCCCUGAAGCACCUCUCUAUAUCUGGGGCCACUCAUUAGGUUCAGGGGUAGCUGGUGGUGUUGCAAAAGCAUUAUGCGAUGAAGGCUCCCCUCCCUCGGGAGUGAUCCUGGAAGCGCCCUUCAAUAAUGUGUGGGAAGGAGCAAUCAAACAUCCAAUAACUGUGCCUUUUAGAUUUCUUCCAUAUUACAAUGAGACUGUUCUGGAUGAAGUUAAGGAAGUGUUUCGCACUGAUAAGAGGUUAGCAGAUGUGUAUUGUCCAAUAUUAAUACUUCAUGACCAUGAUGAUGAAAUUAUAUCAUUUGAACUGGGGAAAAAGUUAUACGAGACUGCUAAGAAUUCCAGGAAACCUGAUGCAGAUCCUAUUAAAUUUGUUGAAUUAAAUGGGCGUCAUGGCCACAAGAUGAUUUAUCAAUCUGAAAAACUUCCAGGACUCUUAAGGUACAUUAUUCAAACAUAUAGUUGGUAGCCCAGUGAGGGUCAAGCUUAC